AUGGUGCGAACUAAGAAGCCCCUACCCUCGGGAGCAGCGGCGGCAAGCUCCCCUCACCGGAAUACCGGUCCCAUGGACGAUUUUCUCUCUACUCCGUCCGACCUCUGCGGCACCCGCCAUGUGGACAAGAUGGCGCCCGGGUCCCCGGACUCGGAGAUGACGGUGGACUCCCAGUCGGAACCCCCCAAACAGGGGACCUGUCUCAAAUUAGAAUGGAGUUUACACAGAUCUCCAGGAGGAUGCUCACCAAAGCUGAUACAGGCCCCAUUGUGCAAGAACUCAGAGCAGCACUGA